GCUGCUCCCUUUGCCACAUUAUAACUACUAGGGGAUCCUCACCGACCAUGGCCACAGCUGCCUCGAAUCCCUACAGCAUUCUCAGUUCCAGCUCCCUGGUCCAUGCGGACUCUGCAGGCAUGCAGCAGGGGAGUCCUUUCCGAAACCCUCAGAAACUUCUCCAAAGUGAUUACUUGCAAGGAGUUCCUAGCAAUGGGCAUCCCCUCGGGCAUCACUGGGUGACCAGUCUGAGCGACGGAGGCCCGUGGUCCUCCACACUGGCUACCAGCCCCCUGGACCAGCAGGACGUGAAGCCUGGGCGCGAAGACCUACAGCUGGGAGCGAUCAUCCAUCACCGCUCGCCGCACGUCGCCCACCACUCUCCGCAUACUAACCACCCGAAUGCCUGGGGGGCGAGCCCGGCUCCGAACCCGUCCAUCACCUCGAGCGGCCAGCCCCUUAACGUGUACUCGCAGCCGGGCUUCACGGUGAGCGGCAUGCUGGAGCACGGAGGCCUCACCCCACCGCCGGCCUCCGCCUCCGCACAGAGCCUACACCCAGUGCUCCGGGAGCCCCCAGACCACGGCGACCUAGGGUCACACCACUGCCAGGACCACUCAGACGAGGAGACACCAACGUCGGAUGAGUUGGAACAGUUCGCCAAACAGUUCAAACAAAGAAGAAUCAAGUUGGGCUUCACGCAGGCCGACGUGGGGCUGGCGCUGGGCACACUCUACGGCAAUGUGUUCUCGCAGACCACCAUCUGCAGGUUCGAGGCCUUGCAACUGAGCUUCAAGAACAUGUGCAAGCUGAAGCCGCUGCUGAACAAGUGGCUGGAGGAGGCUGAUUCGUCCACAGGGAGCCCGACCAGUAUUGACAAGAUCGCCGCGCAGGGCCGCAAGCGCAAGAAGCGAACCUCCAUCGAGGUGAGUGUCAAGGGCGUACUGGAGACGCAUUUCCUCAAGUGUCCCAAGCCUGCCGCACAAGAGAUUUCCUCGCUGGCAGACAGCCUCCAGUUGGAGAAAGAAGUGGUACGUGUCUGGUUCUGUAAUCGAAGACAGAAAGAGAAAAGAAUGACUCCACCAGGGGAUCAGCAACCUCAUGAGGUUUAUUCGCACGCUGUGAAAACAGACACGUCCUGCCACGAUCUCUGACUGCAGGAAGCAAGGAAGCCGGCGGCCGCACUGGGAGCAGUGCGGAUUUCUUUUUCUCUCCCACUCUCUUCCUUUCACUCCAGCUUUAUUUUUGUAUCUCUCUAGCUCUCUCUAUAAGCUUUAUAUUUUUCUCUUUCUUCCUUUCUUUUCUUUCUUCCUUUUGUCCUUUCUUUUUCUUCCUUCCUUCCUUUCUUUCUUUUGUUUUUCUUCUUUUUUUUUUUUUUUAACAGGGGCUUCUAACAUUAAGAAAGGAAACACAUACUCACAUACACAUUUAGGCUUUUCAACGCUGAUACACACUUGCAUUAAACAGUCCAGAGGGGGACCUCAUAUCCCCUGCUGCCCUGGGCAACAGUUCCCUCCAACCUUUUCUGCUGAUCAAUACAUAUUGUUUACUUUGAGUAAGGUUUGUUUGGUUGCUCCUCCCUAGGAAGAGCAGAGUGGGGUGACG